AAACCCGGCAGCGCGGGAGUCGCACGGUCGAGGAGGGAGCGCGGGACGCCGAGCCCACGCGCGCCUGCCGGGGCAAGUGGAGGCGAGGCCGGCGAGCGGACGCCCCGAGGUGCCCGGGCAAGCAGGGGUCGGGGAAGGAACCGAGGCCGGGUCCCCUUCUUAUCCAGCCCGAGACACGGAGCUCCAGUGGGCGUCCCUGUGCUGGGAAUCCCGCUCGGAGUUUUUCCAGGCCUGGCCGGGAUGCCUCGGGAAAGGCCCUGCUCCGGUUCCGCGCAGCCUCUCCGGCCUCGCCCCUGGAAACCCCGCCCAGGGCGAUGGUAGGGGCCUAACCUGCUGCCACCGCCGGCUCCGCCCACCCAGCCCAUGGGCUCCCUGAGGCCCGCCCAGCCGACGAAAACGCCGCGGCCGCGAUGGCGGCGGACGUGGAGGGGGACGUGUACGUGCUGGUGGAGCACCCCUUCGAGUACACCGGCAAGGACGGGCGCCGCGUGGCCAUCCGGCCCAAUGAGCGCUACCGGCUGCUGCGGCGCAGCACCGAGCACUGGUGGCACGUGCGGCGUGAGCCUGGUGGCCGCCCCUUCUACCUGCCCGCGCAGUACGUGCGCGAGCUGCCCGCGCUGGGCAACCCUGCCGCCGCCCCGCCGCCAGGUCCCCACCCAGGCCCCGCGGCCCCGGAGCCGCUGGCCUAUGACUACCGGUUUGUGAGCGCAGCAGCGGCCGCGGGCCCCGACGGCGCCCCCGCGGAGCCCCGAGGCGGAGCCAGCUCCUUGUGCGGCCCUGCGCAACGCGGCGCCGCGACCCAGCGCCGCAGCCUGGCGCCCGGCCUGCCCGCCUGCCUGUACCUGCGGCCCGCGGCGCCUGUGCGGCCAGCGCAGUCCCUGGACGACCUGGCGCGCGCCGCCGUCUCGCCUCCCUGCGGCCUCCUAGGAAGCAGCGGCAGCUUCAAGGCCUGCAGCGUGGCGGGCUCCUGGGUAUGCCCGCGGCCCCUGGCGCGCAGCGACUCAGAGAACGUCUACGAGGUCAUCCAGGACGUGCACGGCCCGCCGCGGGAGGAGAGCGCGGAGCAGGUGGACGACCCCCCGGAGCCCGUGUACGCGAACAUAGAGAGGCAGCCCCGGGCCACUUCGCCGAGCGCUGCUGCGGUCCCCCUCCCCAGCCCAGUGUGGGAGACGCACACGGACGCGGGCACCGGGCGCCCCUACUACUACAAUCCAGACACGGGAGUUACCACCUGGGAGUCGCCCUUUGAGGCUGCCGCCAGCCCAGCCACCUCCCCUGCCUCGGUGGACAGCCACGUGAGCCUCGAGACCGAGUGGGGCCAGUACUGGGAUGAGGAGAGCCGCAGAGUGUUCUUCUACAACCCGCUGACGGGCGAGACGGCCUGGGAGGACGAGGCCGAGAACGAGCCCGAGGAGGAGUUCGAGAUGCAGCCGGGCCUGAGCCCUGGCAGCCCCGGGGACCCGCGGCCCCCCACCCCGGAGACGGACUACCCCGAGUCACUGACCAGUUACCCCGAGGAGGACUAUUCUCCCGUGGGCUCCUUUGGUGAGCCCGGCCCCACCUCUCCCUUGACCACACCCCCCGGCUGGUCUUGUCAUAUCAGCCAGGACAAGCAGACGCUCUACACCAACCACUUCACCCAGGAGCAGUGGGUGAGGCUGGAGGACCCCUACGGGAAGCCAUACUUCUACAAUCCAGAGGACUCCUCCGUUCGAUGGGAGCUGCCCCAGGUAACAACCUGGGGAAAGGGGGGUGCUGGGGAGAGAGGAAGAGAUCACAUACGACUGUGUCUUUCUCCCCAGGUCCCUGUCCCUGCCCCUCGAAGCAUCCAUAAAUCCAGCCAGGAUGAUGACACCCCAGCCCAGGCCAGCCCUCCAGAGGAGAAGACCAAGACGUUGGACAAGGCAGGGGUGCUCCAUCGCACCAAGACGGCGGAAAAGGGAAAGCGGCUCCGAAAGAAGCAUUGGAGUGCCUCCUGGACUGUGCUGGAGGGUGGCGUCCUGACAUUCUUCAAGGACUCAAAGACCUCAGCUGCAGGCGGCCUGAGGCAGCCUUCCAAGUUUUCCACCCCCGAGUACACAGUGGAGCUGAGGGGGGCCACUCUCUCCUGGGCCCCCAAAGACAAAUCCAGUAGGAAGAAUGUGCUGGAGCUGCGGAGCCGAGAUGGCUCGGAGUACCUGAUUCAGCAUGACUCGGAGGCUAUCAUCAGCACCUGGCAUAAGGCCAUUGCUCAGGGCAUCCAGGAGCUGUCCGCAGAGCUGCCCCCAGAGGAGGAGAGCGAGAGCAGCAGAGUGGACUUCGGGGCGAGUGAGCGCCUGGGAAGCUGGCAGGAGAAAGAGGAGGACGCGCGGCCGAAUGCAGCCGCGCCCGCCCUGGGCCCCGGGGUCCUGGAGAGCGACUUGAGCAAGGUCCGGUACAAGCUCCGCAAGUUCCUCCAGAGGCGGCCCACACUGCAGUCGCUGCGGGAGAAGGGCUACAUCAAAGACCAGGUGUUCGGCUGCGCGCUGGCCGCGCUGUGUGAGCGCGAGAGGAGCCGGGUGCCACGCUUUGUGCAGCAGUGCAUCCGUGCCGUCGAGGCCCGCGGGCUGGACAUCGACGGGCUGUACCGCAUCAGUGGAAACCUGGCCACCAUCCAGAAGCUGCGCUAUAAGGUGGACCAUGAUGAGCGCCUUGACCUGGACGACGGGCGCUGGGAGGACGUCCACGUUAUCACCGGCGCCCUGAAGCUCUUCUUUCGGGAGCUGCCCGAGCCCCUCUUCCCCUUCUCGCACUUCCGCCAGUUCAUUGCGGCCAUCAGUGAGCACCUGGGGCAGAGUUGCAGGACCAGGCCCAGCGCAGCCGCUGUGUGCGCGACCUGGUGCGCUCGCUGCCGGCCCCCAACCAUGACACUCUGCGGAUGCUCUUCCAGCACCUCUGCCGGGUGAUCGAGCACGGCGAGCAGAACCGCAUGUCGGUGCAGAGCGUGGCAAUUGUGUUCGGACCCACGCUGCUGCGGCCAGAGGUGGAAGAGACCAGCAUGCCCAUGACCAUGGUGUUCCAGAACCAGGUGGUGGAGCUCAUCCUGCAGCAGUGCGCGGACAUCUUCCCGCCGCACUGACUGCGGGCCUGCGACUGGGGCGGCGGCCGAGGGCCUGCCACACAAGCUGGGCGGCGGAGGCCACGCAGCCCGGCCUUCUCUCUGGGACCUUCCGCCAGGGCACAGCCGCAGGCAGGUGUGACUUCUGCACCCUCGGUUCUGAGGGUACGGUGACCCCUAGUGGGCAGUUUGCAAAAUGUGAUUCCUUCCCCCAACUCCCCAUCACCCCCGCCACCCCUCUCCCCUCCCCCCUCCCCCCCCACCCAUCACGUCCUAUUUGGGGGUUAAUUAGGUUUUUUCUCUAUUCCAUCGCUCCUACUGUGCGUGCGCGAUAGUGUGUGUUGGGGUGACAGUUGGAAUUUCUGGAAUGGUGGAUGCUGGGGGGAGGAGUUUGAUGGGGGGCUUCCUGGCUGCUUCUGGCCCUCACCUCGUGGAGGCCUUCACAGAGACCCUGUGGACCCUGUGCCGGCACUGUCCAGUCAUGAAGCAGCUGUAACCACUUCCGUACUGUGGAAACAGGACUGAGCCAGUGUGGGCGGCUGAAGCUGUCCUCCUCAGGCCUCAGGAUGACCUCCUGCCUGAGCCUCUCGCAGGCUGGCUGUGCGCCAGUUUCAUCUGCUUUCCUGUUGGGGGUCCCGGGCCUCUGCUGUCCCCGACCCACUGAUAUUCUGUGCCAGGCUUCUUCCUAUUCACCAAGUGCGCACCUCACAUCUGCCACUGGGCAUGCACCAGUUCCACACACAAUCCCAUUUUACAGACGAGGAUGCUGAGGCCUGCAGCGGCAAUGUGACUUGCUCAAGGUCCAGUGAGUGACCUCACUCCCCAGAAAAGGCUCCUCCCACACCAGAGCACAGCCUGGGUAGGGGGGAAAUCAGUCCUUUCAGCUACCACCCUCCAACCUUUGGGCCUAUGCGAAAGGAAAGGAACUAAACUGGGUGUGUUCUGUCUGGACCUGGGGAGGCCCCUGAAGGCAAAGAGGGAACCUGCCCCAGCUGUUCUGUCCUAGAGGAGGGGGACAUAGCCCUAGCAGGAGCUUGCAGCCCCUUUUGGCACUCUGACACACAAGUAUGCCCAUCUGGGGCCCGCUUUGCCAUGAAGAGCUGGGCAGGCCUGCAGGGUGUGGGGAAGGAGGACACAACCUCAAGAAAGGAAACAUGAAUCCCAGGGAACAGCGGGUCCCUUCCCUCCUCAGACACAAGCCACCUCAGCUUGUGGCUCUUGGCCCCCAGCCCCUCCCACCCACCUGUUCAUUUAUUCAACAGACAAUGACAGCUCAUAUUUAUUGGACAUUAGCACCAUGCCAAGCAUUUGGCUUGGAUUAUCCCAUUUGUUUCUCACAGCUGGUAUUUAUUGUCCGCUCUUCUGUGACAGGUGCUGUGCUCUGGGCACGGGCACUGCACGGGCCCUGGUGGAGCUUGUGGUCUGACAGGUGAGGCUGACCCAAGCCCACCUCACUGCCAGCAGGGCCAGGGCGAGGGUACACACGGGGGCGUCACACCAUAUGUCUAAAUAUUUAAAAGUUAUCAAUCAAGCUAACAACUGUUAAAUAAAAUAUGUUCUAUUCUCCUA